AUGAACAGCAAAUCUCUAGCGUUUGUUGCCACAGCCAUUUCGACAAGGUUCCGCGUUCCUCUUCCUCAAACUCGAUGCCAAUUCUACUGUUCUCCACCCUCUCAUCCUUCCUGCAACAAGCUCUUUGUUGGAGGGUUGUCAUGGUCAGUGGACGAAAAGUCGCUCAAAGACGCUUUCUCUUCCUUCGGAGACGUCACUGAAGUGAGGAUAGUGUAUGAUAAAGAUAGUGGCAGGUCUAGAGGCUUUGGAUUUGUCAUUUUCUCAAAUGAAGAUGAUGCCAAAUGUGCAAAGGAUGCAAUGGAUGGAAAGGCACUUUUAGGUAGACCAUUGAGGAUAAAUAUUGCUCUUGAGAAGGUCCGAGGUGCACCCGUUGUAGUUCCUCGGCUUUCAGAUAUUGGACAUUUGAGCAAGCGCUAA